AGGCCCAUUGGCUCAAAGUGCUCAGAGGGAAGAGAGACGCCCGCUUGUUCUCAGCUCAGCUGGGGCACAAUCGCCAGCAUUCGGUGCGGCCGCCUUGGUAGUUCUUUUGUUUGGGUCAGGUUUUGAUUGUGACUCAGCUGAGCCCUCUCAACUCAGCAUCGCUCAUGGGAUACCGGGCUCCCUCGCUAUCGGCGCAUGGCGAAGCUGCAGUGGUCAUCGGCCUCUCUGGGGCCACUCGGUGCGGCAAGUCUAGGCUCGCUCAGAUGCUUGCAGAGGAGCCUUGGGCUUGCAAAUCGCUGAAAGGUGCCGUGGUCAUCCACCAGGAUAGCAGCUGGCGGCGCUGUGUCCAAGUUCAGCUCCCGGAUGGCACGGAGCGAAAGAGCCAGGACGAUCCCUCUUGCACCGACAAUGAGAAAUUUGUUCGCGAGAUUCGCGAAGCCCGCAGCCGUGCCUGCGCGGUCAUUGUUGAGGGCUUUCAGCUGGUUCACUCGGCAGAGGUGCGCGAGCUGCUGACGCACAUCUUUCACAUCGACCUGACCAAGGAGGAGUGCCACAAACGCCGAACCGGCCGAUACCAUGAGCAGCUCAACCCAAACCCGGUGAGCGCGGAAGAAUUCGAGAAGCUGAUAUGGCCUGCGCACGAGCGGUACAUGGCGGAGAGCAUAAGCCCGCUGGGCGAUGCUGUGCUGCGCCUAGGGCCACUUCUCAAAGACGAGGACUAUAAGGAGGCCGUGAAGCAUGUGCAACAAGUGGCUUUGGCUCCGGUGCUGGUCAUCGGUCUCUCUGGGGCCACUCGGAGUGGCAAGUCUAGGCUUGCUCAGAUGCUUGCAAAGGAGCCAUGGGCUCGCGCAUCGAAGGUCAUCGGCCAGGACGAGUACUGGAAGGGAAAGGUCCAGGUCAAGCUGCCGGAUGGCACGGAGCGAAAGAGCCAGGACGAUCCCUCUUGCACCGACAACCAAAAGUUUGCUUGCAAGAUUCGCGAAACCCGCAGCCGUGCAGCCCUGAACCGUACGCCUGCCCGUUCUGAUCCCAGCAUUGUGAUUGUUGAGGGCUUUCAGCUGGUUCACUCGGCAGAAGUGCGCGCGCUGCUGACGCACAUUUUUCACAUCGACCUGGCCAAAGAGGAGUGCCACAAACGCCGAACCGGCCGAUACCAUGAGCAGCUCAACCCAAGCGCGGUGAGUGUGGAAGAAUUCGAGAAGCUGAUAUGGCCUGCGCACGAGCAGUACAUGGCAGAGAGCAUAAGCCCGCUGGGCGAUGCUGUGCUGCGCCUAGGGCCACUUCUCGAAGACAAGGACUAUAUCGAGGCCUUGAGGCAUGUCAAGUCAACGCUUUUGUGCCCGCGCUUGCCAUUCAUGGAUUGAAGACGGAC